CCGGCCCCCGGCGGCGGCGGAAGAGGCAAGAUGGCGGCGGCGGCGGGAGCCCCGUGCGGCCCGCGGGCCGCCCGGCGGGGCUGAGCGAACCGGGCCCGCCGAGCCAACCCGGGCCCGCCGAGCCAACCCCGGCCCGCCGAGCCAACCCGGUCCGCUGCCGGCAGGACCCCGCACCGCCCGGGCCAUGCCCGGUUAGCGCUCCCGGCACACGGCGGGCCCCGGCUGAGCCCCCUCCCUGCCGUGGCGGGCCAGGCCGAGCCCGCGCAUCCUGCCCUGCCCAGCCCGGGCCGCCCCUCAUGGCCGGAGCAGCCCCGGCCCUGCCCUGACUGACCCGAGCCCUGCCCGCCCUGUGCCCCCGCAGCCCGUCGCCCGGCGGUGGAGCCGAGCGGGACCACCAAGAUGUUCUCGGCCCUGAAGAAGCUGGUGGGCUCGGAGCAGCCCCCGGGCAGAGACAAGAACAUCCCCGCGGGGCUGCAGUCCAUGAACCAGGCUCUGCAGCGGCGCUUCGCCAAGGGAGUGCAGUACAACAUGAAAAUUGUCAUCCGAGGGGACAGGAACACCGGGAAAACCACACUCUGGCACCGGCUGCAGGGAAAGAAAUUCAUUGAGGAGUAUAUUCCAACUCAGGAGAUCCAAGUCACCAGCAUCCACUGGAAUUAUAAAACCACUGACGAUAUUGUUAAAGUCGAAGUGUGGGAUGUAGUUGACAAAGGAAAAUGCAAAAAGCGAGGAGAUGGUUUGAAACUGGAAAAUGACCCUCAGGAGGCAGAGUCAGAAAUGGCUCUGGAUGCAGAGUUCCUGGAUGUCUAUAAGAACUGCAAUGGCGUGGUGAUGAUGUUUGACAUCACCAAGCAGUGGACAUUCAACUAUAUUCUGAGGGAGCUUCCUAAAGUGCCGACCCACGUUCCGGUAUGCGUGCUGGGGAAUUACCGCGACAUGGGGGAGCACCGGGUCAUUCUGCCUGGGGACGUGCGGGACCUCAUCGACAACCUGAACAGGCCUCCCGGCUCCUCGUAUUUUCGCUAUGCUGAGUCUUCCAUGAAGAACAGCUUUGGCCUCAAGUACCUGCACAAGUUCUUCAACAUCCCCUUCUUGCAGCUGCAGAGGGAGACCUUGCUACGGCAGCUGGAGACGAAUCAGCUGGAUAUCGAUGCAACUUUGGAGGAGCUGUCAGUGCAGCAAGAGACCGAAGAUCAAAACUACGAACUCUUCCUUGAAAUGAUGGAAGCCCGAAGUCGAGGUCACACAUCGCCUCUAACAACUAACGGGCAGAGCCCUUCCUCUGGCUCGCAGUCCCCCAUAGUACCUCCGAGCUCCACGUCCACGGGCAGCUCCAGCCCCGGCACCCCGCAGCAGCCGCUUGCCGCAGGCUCCGCCGUCUCUCCUGAGCCGCCCCCAUCGUUUUCACCAGUGCCUGCACCUGAAGCCCAGCAGCCACACGCGCCUCCACCAGCUACAGCCUCCCCAGCACCUCCGGCUGCCGUCCCACCGCCAAAGCGCAGCAUUAUUUCCCGCCUGUUUGGGACAUCUCCUGCGUCGGACCCCGCUCCUCCGCAGCCAGCUACUGUUGGUCAUGCAGAUCCUGCUGCUGCCGCUCCUCCUCCCCACCCUGAAGCCCCUGCGAAAGUGCAGAGCGUGGAGGACUUUGUUCCUGAUGACAACCUGGACCACAGCUUUCUAGAAGACCCAGCCCCACAGAAGGACAAAGGGAAACCACAGACUAAACACCGUGUCGAUAGUGAAAGUGACGGAGACGCACCCGGGGGGAACCCCAUGGUGGCGAGUUUCCAAGAUGACCUGGAUUUGGAUGACAAAAUCCCCAGCAGACCCGUGCUGGCAGCAGAACGGGUGCCCAGCAAGAACAUCACCCUCUCCAGUGAGGAAGAAGAGGAGGUGAAGGACUCUAAGAUCGUACUCAUACCUGAUGAAGACAUCGACACAGAGCAGGGGAAAAAAAGGUCUUCCAGAAAUUCUCUGAAACCACAGAGUGAAACAAUUUUGACCAAAGCAACCGACCCGAAGCCUCCUGACAGUUUACCUCCGCGUUCUGGCUCCGAUAGAAACAGCAGCAGCAAGCUCAACACUGGCCUGCCGGCUGCUGCCACCAGCCCAGCAGCAGCCCAGGCCCCAAAGGCCACUUCCCAAAGCAAAGGACACGCUCUCAAGCAGAAAGUGGUCAAAGAGGAAAAGCCUGAGGAGUCUGACAGUGACCAAGAGGGACCAAUAGCCACUCAGAUGCUCUCAUUUGUUAUGGACGACCCAGACUUCGAAAGCGAGGAUUCUGACAGCCAGAAGAAGAAAAUGGAUGAAUUCCCAGUCCGGGAAGAUCUCUCUGAAAUAUCUGAUGACGAUACCUCAUUGGCAAAGCCACCCCAGCCUGUGAAACCAACAGUCCACUCCUUUAAACUGAAAAAUGACUCGGAUCUCUUUGGUUUGGGUUUGGAAGAAACUGGUCCCAAGGAGAGCAGCGAGGAAGAUAAACAGGCUUCUAAGGAGAAAAAGAAGAAGAAAAAGAAAAGCAAAGAGGAAGAGGAGAAGUCUGUGAAAAAGAAGAGCAAACACAAGAAGAGCAAAGAGAAGGAGGAGAGCAAAGAGGAGAAGAAGAAAAAAAAGAAGAAGAGCAAGGAGAAAAACAACGAAAUAGAUGAACUGGAGGCUUUUCUCGGAGGAGGAGCCAGCAUGAGCAAGCCGCGGGGAGGUGGGGACUAUGAGGAGCUGUAGGCUGGCGCCUGUGUGCGCGGCGGACUCUUCUCUGUGGCUGUCUCCAUCUUUUCUUACGAGUCACACCAGGGCAGGUACAGAUGUGUAAAGCUUUGCCCAUUUGCCAUAUAUUCUGUCAAAACGGAGCUGGCAAAACGAAAGCUUCACAUCUGUGUGUGCUGCUCUGGUGCAUUUGCAAGGCAAAUCCAGCUGAGAUGUACUUGAGUAAGGGGAAUGUUUAGGACACGGUUUCCAGGCUGUUGGUUUUUCUCCUUCCAGGAUGCCCCACGGGGCAGCUGGUGGGGCGUGGGGGCCAAGGGGACCUGCCUCCCGCUCCCCUCCGCUGUAUUCCACUCCUGCACACCUGAAAUUCCUGUCUUGCUAAAGGAGUGCAACAAAACAUGCUGCAUGAACGCAUCGUGCUCGCCUGUCUCAAGUCUUUAACUUUUUAUCCUUCCUAUUUUUUUAAUGAGAAAGGUGGUAUUGGCCGUUGCUCCACCCAGCAGCUGAUGAGCGUUAAAUCAAGCGGAUCAUGCUGUGGUACAGUUCUCUAAAACAGCAGCUGCAGGGCCAGAGUGAGAGAGAGUGCGUGUGAUUUUGGGGUCCUUUGAAUGGGACCUUCCUGCACAGCAGCUUAAUUAGCACUCACUGGUGCUGCUGUUGGAAUUCAUGAAGCCCCAUUGAUUUCCGUGGCCCCAGUGUCUCAGACACUACACGUAAGCUGCUAUGCAGUUUGGGAAAACAAUGCAAAGUGCAAAGCUAACCUGAAAAAGAGAAAGGAAAAUCAGUGCUUUUCUGCAUUUCCCACCCUUGAAUUUGCAUAUACUAGAAUCCCCUCCCUUCAAUACCUCUCAGGGACAUGACUCUCACGUGGAAAUGAAGAUAUCCAGAGCUUCAGAACUGUCUACAGGGAAGUGUUAGCAUGGCAAGGCGUUUGCUUCUCAGGCAUUUUACAGUCAGGCUGCAGAGCACCGGCCGCCCCUCUGCACUGGGGGGGACAAGCACCGUGGCUCUGGCAGCGCCGUUCCAGCCCGGCUUCUGCAGCUGCCGCAGCCGCGUUUCCCGGGCCGAGCGCCCCGGCAGCCAGCACGCUGCCCUCCCUGCCCCGGCGCAGAGCCCCCCUGUCCCAGCGCUGGGGGAAACCUUGACAGUUGUGCUUUGAACUUAGAGCCGUGGAUGGCUGGUGCUGGCUCUGCAGCGCCAGCGGCCGUUGGAUGGGCACCACCGGGCAGCCCAUCACGCGUACCCGUGUCUCAGUGUCCCUGUGCUUGAUGGAGCUUGUUCCUUCUCCAUACCCUGUUCUGUUCUGGUGCUGGUGUCCGUUUCGCAGCUCAGAUGGUGAAGCUCCCUCCAGGCUGUGUGUGUUACGUUAUCCUGUUGCUUGCAGGUUGAUUUGAGGUUUGGUUUUGUUCUCACUCUCCCCUUUUUGUUGUAAAAUGUCAACCAUGAAAUGUGAACUGGGGUUUCCUUCUCCAUCCCUAUAAAGCAAGAUGUUCUUUUGAUCCGUCAGCCACUCCAGAGCUGCCUUGGACAGCAGGUGGUUAUCUAGUCCAUUUUUCUUUUCCCCAGCCCCCAAAAUGCACUUGUAACUGUUUCCCUGUAAAACAAACUGAUUUUUUUGCUGCAUGAGCAGUACAUUGUUGAGGUCUGUUUGCCAUUAGCAUUUGCCUACUGCGCAUUACUACAUUUCACAUAAGACUGUAGGGAAACCGCAUGGGACAGUUCAGACUGCGCUUUGGGGAAGGACCAAGCGGAUGGGGAUGCGACGGGUUUGCGGCCUCUCGUGAGAAGGCGCUGGAGCUUCAGCUGGCUGCGUUCCUGAGAGCGCUUCUGUUCCGGCAAGAUUUUGGGUCAUGUUCCAUUUUGCAUCGAAAAAACCUGGUACAAUCCACUCUGACUAUAAAGCUCUGUUGUACAACU